GACCUCCAGGUGCGUGUGCGACAGCUACGAACCUCAGCGCGGCCGACGUUGAUUGGUUCACAGUCACAACCGUGGCAAAUGGUCCCUAUCAGUCUCCAGUCACCUCCUCCAUGCCCUCGAGCAAGUCUUCCCUGAAAGAAACUCUAUGCCAUCCGGCAAUUAUGUAUGACACUUUGGGUUCUUCGGCCACAUUCAGUCUGGAUGCGAUUACGGAUACCCUAACACCGGAAGAUGUUUCCGGAGCCCAUUUGGAGUUGGACCAAUUGGAUCAGUUCAUUUUGACACCGUUGGAGCGAACUUUGUCCAUAAUGGAGUCCCAUCUAGACUCUGUCACAGCACAGCUGAUAACAUUGGAGCAGGGGGUGAAUUGGUCUGCCUCUCCAAAACCGUUGGCGAGACGUUCGUUUGACAUGACCGAACAGGAGGUUUCCGAAUAUUACACUCCCUCCUCCGAAACCAGUUCGGCAUUUGGUUCCUCUCCAUCACUGUCGUUGAGUCCCACCGGGAUACACGAGGAGGUCCUGUCUGGGAUCAAUCAGUUUUGCCCCCGCUCUGCCAUAUCUUUGUCCGACCGGUGUACUAAACAGGCUGCCCGCCAGUUGUAUCGGUUCACCUCGCUGCAACGGUGUACAGAUACUCCACUCACGGCCAACAGCACCCUAAAACUCGGGUCUACUCGGCUUAGUCCUGGGCGAAAAAACAGUUCCCUAUUUUCCAAGCGUUUACCUUCCACCGUUCGUCUACUUGACGAUCGCCUGU